GAAAAAGAAAGAAAAGCUAGGAAAAGCAGAGUAAGAAAAGAGGGUCUCAGUUGCUUUCCUUUUUCCUCUUCACUACUCUUUUCUUGCUGCCUCUGCUAAGCAUCUUUUUCCUACUUUUUUGAUCCUUUUGUUUUAAUUGUUUUUUUUAGGUCUCAUUCUUUACCUUCUCGUUGGAAAAUUUCAUCCCAUCCUUCUGGGUUUCUCUUUGCUUUGUGGGAUUCCCUUCUUCCUCUCUAUUUCAUCAUCCCAUUACUUCAGCUUGUUAAAUUCUCUGAUUCUUGCUGUCUAUCAGCGUUUGAUCAUUUCUAUAGAAAGUUCUAUCCCUUUCCUUUGUUUUUAAAAAUUUUCAAUUCUUUUGCCAAUUCUUGAACUUUUGUCUCUUUCCCUUCUCCUGGAAUUUUUCUGGGAGCCAUGAUUUUGAUCCUUUUUCUGGGCUUCAUUACGAAGAUCAUAUCUUUCUGACCCUUAAUUUUUAGCACUUAACUGAUAGUUUACCAUACUGAGUUCUGCAAGUUAUUUUGGGAAUUCAUUUACUGCUUUCAAUGGUCUAAUUGGGUUGAACGAAUCCUCUGUGUUUUGUACGACAAAGUUCGAAAUUCUGUUGAAUUUUUUUUCACCCUUUCUGAAUUUGGAUUUUUUCUGGUGGAAUUUCCGGGAAUUGGGUUUCUGAUUCCAUGGGACUUUGUCAUGGGAAACCAAGUCAACACCCAAAGAGUAUAACAGAAAAUCCAAUUGGCCCUGGCUCUGCCGAUGAUGAGCCAGCUCCUUUGAGUAGUAUUCAUUCAGGGAAAACACCGAAAUUUCCCUUUUUCUACAGCCCAAGUCCGUUGCCUAGUGCUUUCAAGAAUUCACCGGCAAACUCCAGCGUUAGUUCAACACCUUUGAGGUUAUUCAAACGCCCAUUUCCUCCACCAUCACCGGCUAAGCAUAUCAGGGCACUGCUAGCUAGACGGCAUGGUUCUGUCAAGCCUAAUGAAGCAACCAUUCCCGAGGGAAGCGAGUGUGAUAUUGCGUUGGAUAAAAGCUUUGGGUAUUCAAAGAGUUUUGUGAACCACUUUGAGCUUGAAGAAGAAGUGGGGCGUGGACAUUUUGGAUAUACAUGUUCUGCUACCGGCAAGAAAGGAAGCUUGAAGGGGCAGGAUGUGGCUGUUAAAGUUAUACCAAAAUCAAAGAUGACUACUGCAAUUGCAAUUGAGGAUGUGAGAAGAGAGGUGAAAAUGUUGCGUGCUCUAACUGGGCAUAAGAACCUAGUGCAAUUCUAUGACUCCUAUGAGGAUGAAGACAAUGUUUAUAUUGUAAUGGAAUUAUGUAAAGGAGGAGAACUGUUGGACAGGAUCCUUUCCAGGGGUGGUAAAUACUCAGAAGAUGAUGCUAAAGUUGUCAUGGUGCAAAUUUUAAGUGUUGUUGCCUACUGUCAUCUCCAAGGUGUUGUCCACCGUGACCUAAAACCUGAGAAUUUUCUUUUCAACUCAAAAGAUGAACAUUCACCUCUGAAGGCAAUUGACUUUGGUCUAUCAGAUUAUGUAAAACCAGAUGAAAGACUGAAUGACAUUGUUGGAAGUGCUUACUAUGUGGCACCUGAAGUUUUACACAGAUCAUAUGGAACUGAAGCUGACAUGUGGAGUAUAGGUGUGAUUGCUUAUAUUCUUCUAUGUGGAAGUAGACCGUUUUGGGCUCGAACGGAGUCAGGUAUCUUCAGAGCUGUUCUUAAGGCUGAUCCUAACUUUGAUGAAGCCCCAUGGCCCUCGUUGUCUGCUGAUGCAGUAGACUUCGUCAAGAGAUUGUUGAAUAAAGACUACAGGAAAAGGCUGACAGCUGCUCAGGCCCUAAGUCAUCCUUGGCUUGCUGGAUGCCAUGAUCUCAAGAUACCUCUUGACAUGAUAAUAUUCAAGAAUAUAAAGGCCUAUAUCAGCUCUUCUUCCCUCAGAAAAGCAGCUUUAAGGGCUGUCGCGAAAACUCUGACAAUACCGCAAUUAACAUAUCUCCGGGAGCAAUUCACUAUGUUAGGCCCAAACAAAAGUGGUUAUGUGUCCCUGCAAAACUCUAAAUCGGUUGUUGCAAGGAUCGGUACAGAUGCAAUGAAGGAUUCAAGGGUUCUGGAAUAUGUUAACAUGGUGAGUUCUCUUCAGUAUCGGAAAUUGGACUUCGAAGAGUUCUGUGCAGCUGCGAUUAGUGUGCUCCAACUUGAAGGGAUGGAAAGCUGGGAGCAACAUGCUCGUCGUGCCUAUGAACUUUUUGAGAAGGAUGGCAACAGACCAAUCAUGAUAGAGGAACUAGCAUCCGUAAGUCUUUCUAUGUGUAAUAUUUGUGUGUCAGAGAUAGAGAGUGAGUGUGAGUCUGUUUGUAUGAUAUUCUUGAGGGUGCACUGGCACAUUAACAAAGGUAUAGGAUGCCACUACAGCUACAAGUUCGGACUGUUCUGAAGAAUUUUAGAUGUGCAUGAUAACUGAUAAGUCUUAGAAUUUUAAUGACUUCUAAGAUGAUCCUGACUUGAUGAUGAAGGCUACCGAGAUCAGCUACGCAUAUAAGGAAUUUGACUUCCUACACUUCCUUGCAUAUAGUGUUUUAAUGAAAAGAUCAACAAUCAAAAGAAUUAGUUUAUUUCUGAUGUUAGAUGAAUGAGUCAUUUGUUUGAUUUUUUACUUGUAUCCUUCAAACAUUAUAAAGAGUGAUAUUCCAGUCUGAGUAUUGUUUAGGUGUCUUAUAGUUUGAAUGCUGACAAUGGAAUCUUCCUCCACGUCGAAAUCUUGCUUGAUUGGUUCAUUUCACCAGCUUGUUUGUAUUCUUGCUGCACUAGUUAGGGGGUUAAGAUGGCAAAUGUACAUUACAAGAUAUGAUCCAUGGUUGUAGCUCUAGGUUUCUACCUUUUCACAGCACAUGAAUCUUUUUUGCAAAAAGUGAAAUGCUUAUAGCUGCAUCUAAAAUAUUGUUACAGGAGCUUGGGUUGAGUCCUUCGGUUCCAGUGCAUGUAGUACUGCAGGACUGGAUACGGCACGCUGAUGGAAAACUCAGUUUCUUGGGAUUUGUGAGACUUCUUCAUGGAGUUUCAUCCCGAACAUUUCAAAAGGCUUGAAUUUCAACUACAGAGAUCAUUGAUGCGUGUUUAAACAUACGAGUGCAGUGGACAUGAAUCUGUUAAGAUCUUAACCAAUCACGUGGCUCUUGGAAAGGAUUUUAUACUUUCAGUCAAGAUACAAAAGUGAACUGCAGUUACUGAAUUUCGGCAACAGGGUACCUGAAUUCCAGACUCAAGUUGAGAUUGCUUCUCUUGAUUGUUCUUAUAGUUGUUUCCCAACUUUCAUGGCAUGUUAGUGGGAUGUACAGAUGAGGUUAGAUUACCAAAAAUGUAUUUAGGUUUAGAAAAUAGCUGAAGCCAGUACCAAGUUUUGAGGAUUUUGGGUGUAUUCCUAGUGUACCCUUUUUACCUAUCUUCCUAAUAAAUGUUUCUACAAAGUUCCAUUUCAUAAUAAAAAUUUAACCCCUCUGACCAAAAAUAAAAAUAAAAAUAUAUAUUUGAGUUUUGAGAUUUAUACUAAACGGGGCCUAUAUUAUAUUUUGAGAUUUGUACU